AAGCUGCCUUCCCGGAUAUUAGCAUCUGAAUGACUUUAGUUUAAACAAGCAUAACUUUGAGUUGUCUCCUUGUGUUUGCUAAAGCAAGACACCAAGGCAACAAACGGUGACGCCAGACAUAGCAGCCAGCCAAGACAUUUGCUAGCAUUCAUUCAGGGAGAGCAGCUCAUUUUGCAAACAUGUACAACGUAGAAAAAUUUAUUCUGAAGUUCAACCGGAAGCGCUUUUGUGUAUCUCGUUAACGGGUGCGCGCACUUUAACGGUGGUAGCACUCGCGCUCCAUCCUUUCUGACAGCCUCACAAAGUAGGAAUCCAUUCUCGUCAUGGCGUCUGAAGAGCUCGCCCGAAAGCUGCAAUCGCGGCUUUCUGCUACACAGGAGGCCGUUCCGAGGCCCGAACCCGAACAGAGCCCUGUCCGACCCAAACCGCAGGGGUCAGAUGCUGCCUGUGGAGAUUCAUCAUCCGAGCUAUCCGCUAAACUGACGCGUAGGCUGGACAUCAACGAGGGUAACGCUGCACCACGAGCGACCCGGGUCUUCAACCCUUACACCGAGUUCAAAGAGUUCUCCCGCAAGCAGAUUAAGGAUAUGGAGGGGAUGUUCAAGCGGUAUGACACUGGAAAAGACGGCUUCAUCGACCUGAUGGAGCUAAAGCUGAUGAUGGAGAAACUGGGAGCUCCACAGACCCACCUGGGCCUGAAAAACAUGAUCAAAGAAGUGGAUGAAGACUUUGAUGGCAAACUAAGCUUCAGGGAGUUUCUGUUGAUUUUCCGGAGAGCAGCAGCUGGAGAACUGCAGGAAGAAAGUGGUCUACUGGCAUUAGCAAGACUGUCUGAGAUUGAUGUCUCCACUCAGGGUGUUAUGGGGGCCAAAGACUUUUUUGAAGCCAAGAUGCAGGCUCUGUCUGUCGGUAGCAAGUUUGAGGCUGAAAUUCGAGAGGAAAAAGAAGAACGCAAGAGACAAGAAGAGGAGAAAAAACAACGACAUGCUGCCUUCAAGCAGCUGCAGUCCACCUUCUGUUCAUAACCCACCACAGAAAGCAGCAGAUGCAGAUUACAAAAUUCAGUGUUACUGAAGUUUUAGAAACACACUCCUUACUUACACUCAAACCUGUUUUAAAAUAUGGCACUUAAAUAAAAAAAACAGAUUAAUUACAUUAAAAUUAAAUCUUGACUAAAAUAAAAAACAUGUCAUAACUAGGCACAGGGUGAAGUCCAGCAUAUGGUUAGCCUUGCACAAAACAUAUAUCUUGUAUAUUGUAUGUUCGACCUCUAGACCAUCUGAAAUGUGUCUUUGGGUUUGUUUGUUUUUUUCUAUUUGUUUGUUUCGAGUUUUGUGCUAUAACCUUGUUGAUGAACAGCUGUUUGCAAUCCCACAGCUAAACAAUCAUAAACAUGUUUCUGUUUACCUACAGAGUGAAUAAAGAAGAUAUAAAUACAUUAAUUACAUUUCUCCAAAUCCAGAUCCUUUAGAUGUGUUGUAGACCUAGGCUAAGGACAACAACUGUAAACUGAAUUUUAGCCAUAUUGCUAAAAGCACACAGAAGACGGCUUCCAUUUGAUUAUGCUUGCAUGUUACAGUAGCAUUUCUCAACUUUGCCUUUGCUAAGACUUCAUUUCUUAUGACCCUAGGGGAAAAAAAGCUGUUCUUAAGUGGAGGUCUGAUGGUAAUCCUUUACCUUAAUUAGUGGCAGGUAACAGUUUUCAGGGUGGCAUCUUUUAGGUAUCUUUCGAAAGGAACCAUCUGUAGAAAACACCAAUGAGCUAUUGUUUGAAUAAUUCCUUUGUGAUGAUUUGCACACAGUAAUAUGGUGUAAAAGCAGUAGAGAGCACCUUUGCUGUGACCAACAGUAAAUAUGUGAGCAGCAUCUCAAGUACAUCCAAGUUACAAGAUCCCAGGAUAAAUGUGCCCAUCUGAUUUGAUUUUACAGGUUCCCUCCUGUAAAAAGAGUGACAUAUCACAAAUUAAGACGUGAAAGGUCUAGUGUCUGUGGACUACGGGAUAACAAAAAAGCUGUCACUUCGGUGCCCAAUUUCACUGAAAAGAUGACCCAAAACAAGAGAGAACAUCCAGUUCUUUUUUUGUAGCUCCUGAAAAGUAAAUCUUCAUGCGUUGUUUGAAAUGCACUGUGGUGUUUUGGUGCAAGAAACAAAAUGUUAGGGGGAGUUCAGUCAAUAUACACUGGAAACCUCACUACCAUGUUUUUUUUUUUUUUUUCCUUUUUUCAAAUGAGCCAUCAGCUAUACAUAAAUUGCCAAUUUUGAAUGGCUAUGCAGGUUUUUAACUGACUUCAGAGGCUGCUGAAAUUCAGCUUCAUUUCCAAAUUGGACAAAUGCUGAUUUUUAUGUUGUGAUACUGUGAAUUACAGUACUAUGCAAAAGUCUUGGGCCAUCGUUCACUUCUUUAAAUCUUUCUUUAAACUUAGGUAAAAUGUGUAGUAUUUUGAGGUGAAAAAUGAAUCUAUUUUGGAGAAAAAUGUAAGCUGAUAAAAUGUGGAACAAGUGAAGUGCUGUGAGUUCCUUUAGAGUCACUGUAACAAAAAACUUUGCAAACAACCUAUUUUCUGUAACAUUUCAUCCUCACAUCAGGUGUCUGACCUAGUCUUGUUUUUCCUAUUUCAGAAAUAUUGGUAACCUCAGGACUGUUGUCUCAAAAUGUGAACUGGAAAUGCUCAUCCAUGCUUUCAUCUCUACUACUAGUUCAGAUUAUUGUAUUAAACUGUUUUCUUGUCUAAAGCAUCUAGUAAUUGCUUCUAGUCCAGCUAAAAUGCUGCUGGAAGGCGUUUAACUGAUUUUAAAUCUUCUUUCAUCACCACCUUUUUAAAAGUUUUUACAUUGGCUUCCUGUCAGGUUCAGAUUUAAGUCAAAAACAUAGGUUCUUACUAAGGCAAUGGUCCAUCUAAUGUUGUUAUUUAUGUAACACCAAAUCAAAGCAACAGUUGCUUUAUAUUGUAAGGUAAAAACCCUACAAUAAUAAUAAGCAUCUGCAAUAAUACCCUGAUUCUUCAAACACCAUUUUGACUUUGCAUAAGCUGUUGUUGAAUGUCUGUCACUUGUUAAGAACCAAUUUUUAAGUUGUACCUUUAGAUACUGUAUUUUAUUAUUAGCAGCCCGUCACAAAAAUUUAUAAUUUACACUGAUUUAAUUCCAACAGACACUUUAGGAAUCCAACGAUUCCUAAAGUGCGAUUUGCCAAAUGCUUGAGAUAUCAUGGCAUAAUGUACUCUUUCAUAUGAAAGAGGUUGGGAGAGUGGUCCAUAGUGAGUGUCUGCAGCCAUUUGUAAAACAUGGCAUCUAUGAACGUUUGGGGCUGCAUUUCAUGGGGAUCUUCAUGGGGAGCUACGUUACCUGAUCCAGUCCUGAGUAUAAGUUUUGCCAAAAAAGAAAGUUUUAAGCCUAAUCCUAAAAGUAGAGAGUGUGUCUGCCUCCUGAAUCCAAGCUGGGAGCUGGUUCCACAGACGAGGGGCCUGGAAGCUGAAGGCUUUCCCUUCCAUACUACUCAAAUACCCUAGGAACCACAAGUGAACCAUUAGUUUGAGAGCACAGUGCUCAAUUGGAGGAAAUAGUCCCCAAAUAGAGCACAGGCCUCAGAUUAUUCAAGACCUUGUAUGUGAGGAGCAGGAUUUUGCAUUCAAUUCUGGAUUUAACAGAGAGGCAAUGAAGAAAAGCCAAUAUAGGAAAACUAAAUAUUCUUUCUGUACCAACAGGGAUGGUAUAAUGUUUUUGUAUUAUAUACUGUAUUUCCAUGUUUCUUUGUGUGUGUUUCAGUAAAUCACUAUACCUUUUUCCAAUUUUCCUACCAAACUAUAAGGAAAUGAGGGUGGCUCGAGACUCAACGUACUGUAUACAUAUCCACUGAAAGCAGUCUCACUGCAGUAUUUUGAGAUCAGUGACAGGCUGCGCAGGAGAGUCCUGCAGUUCCUUCAUUUAGCACAUCUGCACAGAAAAGAGUUGUACGUGUUACUUCAUCAUGUAGUCUUAGCUUUGUCAAUAGUUUUGCUAUGCAGCUAUGUUGGUAGCAUUGGUCCAGAGAAGAGACUGAUACUUGAAGUAAUAGCUCAAUAUUUUGGGAAAUACUAGGAUUUUCACUUCGGUAAUCUCGGGGUUGCACUUUUACUUUGCUUAGGGUUCACUUUGCUUAGCGUAAAGAGUAGAAGCAUGGUUAACAACUAGCCUAGUUCUGUCCAAACUGAUUACAUAGAUCAAGCAAUAGCCUUAAGGCUCCCAAUUAUGUUGCCAUCUAUAAUUUUAUUUGUGUUCAAGUCAUUUCUAGUAUUCGGUACGAUUUGAGUCUCCAUGUCACAACUAUGUGUAUUUUGUAUAAUAAUGGGCCAGCACCUAUUUUCAAAAUCUUGUCUUAGCCUAAAAUGCCACAUCCCCAUGUUGCCUUUGUUUGAGUUAAGUUACAUAUAAACUGAUAUUAUCUGUAAUUUUGAUCAUAGGGUUGAUAAACAUGAGUAAUAAUUACUGACUCAAGGAUAAAACGUCUUUCCUGUUAUAGUACUAGGCAGAGUGGUUAUUGACGUGAAAUGAGUGUUUAUUCACAGCAUGACAUUCAGAAGUUGGAUCUACAAAAUGUUUUUAGUUUUAAUAAUUUUUCAAGUAAUUUAUUUAUUAUAAUUUUUGUUUCAUAGUUAUGAAAGUAUCUAAACCCCAAAUAUGUCAUGCAGUGAGACUGUAUAUGGAAAAGGAGACUACAAAGAUUAUUACAAAUGGUGUUCAAGUGAUAAUAAUAGCAAAGUACACUGGCAGGAUUUCAUUUUAUUAAUAAUUAUAAUUUUUUUUUUUUUAAAUAUGCUUUAUGCAGAAUAUGUCACUUAUAUAAAAAUAAAAAUGUAGAACUAUCAGGCAUUUUAAAGCUGUUAGGAUAAAAUAAAUUAGCAUUUUGUCAAGAAAUUAGUGUUGACAUUAUUGUAGGCUCUUUAUCUUACUGUGUAAGGCCUUGAGGCGACUGUUGUAGUGAUUUGGCAUUUUAUAAAUAAAUGGAUAUUAUUUGAAUUAUGAAGUAAAACGGUCAUGAUGAAAAGGAUAUUUCACCAUCCAGAGGACUCAGUGGGGUUUUUAUAGCUAGUUGGAAAGUUUUACAGCUCUCACUCUAACAUAAGUGAAGAAGUUAAGAAUAGCUUAAUUCAAAUGGUGGUUUAAUGUGAGGUGGAACAACCAACGUAAAACUAGGAAAAUAUUAACUUGUAAAAAAUUUGAUAUAAUUUAAAAGGUAUACUAUGUGUAUGCUCUUAGUACCAAACCUGGAAGUUAAAAGGUGCUCAUUUUAAAAGUCGAAGAAGAAUUACGAAUGAUUGGGGCUUUUCAUUUAAUGAACAACAUCACAUGGGGCAAGUCUCAUGGUCUCAUGUCAGCUUGUUAUGUCUUGUCCACCUUGUGGACCAAAUUGAUAACAUAAAAUAAACCAAUGUUAUGCAUAUAUUUAUGGCUAAAUUGAGUAAGUUAAAUGGAAUACUAAAAAAAAAAAAACUGGACCCAAUUUAAUUAAAAUGUAUUCUUAAUCUAAAAGACAUGAAUUGAAGUCACAGAACACAGAUUUCAGAUCAUGGCUUUUCUUCAGUGGUACUUGUAUUUUAGAAGGUAUUAAUAAACAUUUGCAGAGUAAGAUCAGGGACAUUUCAGUCCAGUUAAUAUGAACGUGACUGUACAUUCAAAACAUUUAUCCGCUUCCGCUUAAUUCCCUCAACCCCUGGGGGGUGGCAUUUGGCACGUCACACAUGGAGAAUUUGGACAAAAUUGUUCAAGCAUUAUAUCUUGAGAUUGACCAGUAUACUAUUCUAAUACUUCAUGAAGCCUUCUCAUGAAAUGAUAAAUGAUGAUUACUAGUUUGAAAUGGAACCAAAUAGUAGAAAUGACCAAAAUGUGAACACCAAAGUGUUAUGUGGAUUUUUAAAUAGAUUCAAAUCUUCCAGCCCCUGAAACUAAAAAGUGUGGGGGUUUUUUUAAAACAAAAAACAAAACGGUAAAGUAUUAGCCAGUACACUUCACAAUGCAACUGUCUCUGUUUCCUCUUGUAGUCUCACUUUUGGAAAGAAAGUUCUUUUUUCCCAGUGAUGUAGAUAUAUAAUCUAAAACACAAUUCAAGAAAUCCUUUACAGAAACAUUGACCCAUGGGCAGCAGUUGGGCUGUUGUGGAAGAUGCAGUCCUCUCAUCUUUUAUCAGUACCUGUGGAAUGACUGUAAUGCCAUCUGUAUUCACCAUACCUGCAACACACUGAAAUCACACUAGUAAAAAUUAGUUUUAAAAUAUUAAUAAAUAUUGCAUAUGUGCAGAACCUACUCUGUUCUGAAUGAGGUCAUUGCCUUUGAUUUGUCAGCUUUGAAGGCCACAAGAUGUAGAAAACAGCAAAAAGAAAAUUAAAGUAAUUAUUAUUUUAUGAUACAUGGAUAAUAAAAGAAAUCCUAGAAGUUCAAAUAGAUACACAAGCCCAAUGAAGCAGAUAGGCUCUAACCUAAACAGUGUAAAGUGCAUUUUAUUCAAUCAUUUUAUUUAGUCUCUAUGUAUUAAGUUGUAGCAUGUUAUUGUUGUCAUAUAACCAACCAAUGUAUGGAUUACAUACUUUAUGAGUGA